AUGGUCUUACGAACGCACGUCAUCAGUAAAACAGAUGAAGGGAUGGCUUCAGACCAACCUGUAAAGAAAAAGCAGAGGAUAGAUGGCCCUGAUAUAGAUGAUGGAAGUGAUAAGUCUGGGGAAGAUGUUCUUACGGAUAUAUUUGACUCGGGAACCCCAUCAGCCGAGCAAUCUGGUGAUUUCAUUACUCGAAACGGUGAAUCGCCCGACAGUGGUACAGUAAGUGAAGACGCAGUUGACUGUUCUAUAAUAAGACAUCCAAGUGAUGGCAGUGUUGAUAUUAUUCCUUCAUCAAGUAAUACUCCUCACUGGACAGCAUCUGAGGACAAACUGCUCAAUGAGUUACGUACCCUACAAAAUUCACUAGUUGGACAGUGUUUGUGUGGUUUAGAUGAAAAUGUGGUUCUGGAACUCUUUGAUAGAAGACUAUGCAUUGCUACUUGGCCAUUAACCUGCUCGCUCACAUACCUUUCGACUAUGCAACUCUUAUUUGAUAUGUAUUUAAAACAAAACAACACUGGCACAAUAUGUUCAAGAUUGAUGAAUGCAUGUGAUAUCUUUGUUAGGAAUAGGCAUGAUUGGAUUACAGAAGUUGUAGAACUAUCAGAACACAAAAGCAAAUUUGUAACAUUUGCAGCAAGUAGAGUACUCGCCAGCUUUCUCAUAGUAUCAAAAGACACAGUAGAUGAGAAUUGGUUACAACAGAUUACUGAAAAUGUCUAUUUAUUUGAUAGAAUUAAUAGAAUAACAGUUCAAAAGAUAAACUUUAGUUUAGAUAUUAUUAAGAGGAUAGUUGAAUGGAAAGAUGUGGAACAACAUCCUUUGGAGGAUAGUAAUUAUAUUAAUACAGCGAAUAUACAGGAAGACAAUCCUUUUAGAAGCAGUACAAGCUAUAAUGCUAGUGUGCCAUCUAGCUCGAGAAAUGAUUUGGACAAUGCAUUCUCCAAUUUACAAACUCACAGUUCACCUUCAACGUCAAAUGAGAGCUCAGGAGAAACAAAACCAUCAACAUUUAAGCUUCAUGAACCAGUACUAAAGUUACCUUUGGAACAGCCACUGCAAAGGAUAGAAAGAAGCGAAUCCCCUGAGCCUCCGCCUUCAAGGAUAGAAAGAGUCAAUGAACAUGGCUGCAUCACUGUGGUUUUGACUGACUCUGAAUCAUUUGACACAUCUCAUAUUAAAUGUUUAACAAUUAAAAAUUUAGAACAUCACUGGCCCGUUUUGGUCAAAAACAUGAAAAUGCUGCUACUCAGGUACCUGAAUUUAAGUAACGCAGAGAACUGUGUGCUUACUUUUUUCUCUCUAUGGGAGAACAUAAUAAGUGUAAAGGCGAAUCUCUCUGUGAUUGAUACUAAGCCAUUUUAUGCUGAUUUACAGAGCUUCAUUGAUUUAUUGAGGAAUACAUUACUGCCGCCUCUUAUUUAUAGUCAUCUAUUAAGUUUGUUCAAUGAAGUCCUGUGUUAUGGUUCAACUUUAGCUUUACAAGAUAUCUUGCCAGAGGAAAUCUGUAGUUUAGCUCACUCUAUUGUGAGGUACGUAAAAGAUUUUCGUUUACUUAGUGAAGUUAGAGUUCAAAGCAGUAGAAGUGGAUUUGGCUUCUUAGGGCAUGAUUGCAUGGUGUUACGUGAAUACUCGUUGGGAUCUGAAGUAACACCACUAUCAACGACGAUACAACUCGUUGAUCAAAGUUAUGGUGAAGAUGAACCUGAGAGCAAUCAAAGGAAUGAAGUUGACAAAACUAUGUUACAAAGAAUGUCACUGUUAGUACUAAAAUCAGUAGCAGUUACAGUUAAGGAAAUGCGUUGUGAUUCAUCAGAUAGCUCAAUAGACUCAUCUGAUUACAAUGCCAUACAGGAUAUGCAAAUAGUGGAAAGGUCAAUACGAGACGUCUUAAAGAAGCUGGACUCAUUCAUCCGCAAUUGUCUCGAAUUUCAUCCAGAGACACCCUUCACAAAGAUGCUUAUACAUCUCUUCAGUGAACAAGAUGACUACUUAAUUGAAUCUAUGGUUUGCACACUGGAUAUUACUGUCGGUAUUGUUUACAGGAACGCCAUGUAUCCAGAUCUUAUACCAAUGUUAAACCCUAUAACAUCCUUCAUAGAAUUCUUAAAGGUUGUAUCACAUGAUAGUGAUGUUCUCUUAGAUUACUUGGUGAGUAAUGAGACAUGUUUUCUGUUGUACUUAUUAAGGUUUUUGAAAUAUGUAAGGAGAAAUUGGCCAAAAUUUUUGGAAACCUGUCAGCAAAAUGAUGAUGGGUCGAGAGGCCUCGAUGACACUAUGAGGGUACUUAUUAGGUUGCGUCUGCAAAUAAGUAGGUUAGUAUCUAAAUCUUUGUUUCCAUAUAAUAUCAGUCCAGUGCUUCGAUUGCUAGAGGUCUGCGAAAGUUUAUAUGAAGGGAAUGAGUUCAGCUAG